GUCCAAGGGUGCCAGGUAUGGGGUACUCAGGACUGAGGUACCUAGGAUCUGAACUCUGGCUUGGGGCUGCCUGGGGCCAUUGCAGGGAGGUCCUCUGGUCAGUUCUGUGUGGCUGCUGCCUCCAGAACACCAAGGCCUGUGGCCUGAGGCCCGAGUCCUGAGCCUAGCCUCCCCUACCCACCCUAGCCCUGAAUGCUGAGUUUGAGACCCCUGGUGCUCCAGCUUCAGGAGCAGACCUGAGACCAUCAGGAUCUGGAGUGGGGAUGGGGGAUUUGGGGCAGGAUUCAGGGUUCCCAAGCAGAGGGGGUGCCAUGACAUCAAGAUUAGGCUCUGGCUGACCUGCCUGGCAGUGCUGCCCCCUCCCUGCUCUCCACUCUGGCCUCAGAUCUCCUGCUGGCCUAUCUGGCCUUCAGGAUGUCCUUAUAGAUCCUGGGGACACUAUGCCCAGGUACCUUCUGGGCAUGGGGUAGGCGGCUCCCAGCACCAGUGAUGGGAGAGGGGCUAGCGAGUUGUCUGGACAGUGGGCAGAGUUGGGCAUAUGGGGAGGAGGGGAGCUGAUCCCUUUGGGGUCCAGCAGAGCUAUGCCCUGAUCCAGUGGUCCAGGCCCGUCUACAGCUGGGCAAGGUUCUGAGUUCCUGACCUGGGGCUCCAGAAAGUGGGGAGUCUCCUCAAAGGAGGGCCCUGGACACCUAAGGGUGGGGGGUUCCCCAGCAGGGGAGGAGAGGCUUGGAAGAGAACAUGGCCCUGAGGCCAGAGCUGUGCGGAGGGUGAGGCCUGUGUGGCCCAAAGAACUGGACCCCAGGGCACCCAUUUCCUGGAAGGCCCCUGAGGGCCCUUUGCAGCCAAGCGGGCAGGGUCCAGGUGUCCAGCCACCCAGCACCGCCUUAGGCCUCCUGGCUCCGUGGGUGUAGCCUCUGCGCCUGCCGUUCCCAGCGCCAGCUCUCAGCCCACAGAGGGACCUUUGUUCUGGCUGCCAACAAAGCCCGCCGGGUGUCUGGGAACAGGGCCCACAGCCCUCGCCCUCUCCCGAGGCCUCCAGCCGUCGGGCAGUGCCAUUCUAGGUUGGCUAGGAGGCCCCUGGCACACAGGGCACAGGAAACUGUCUCCCAGUAUUAAUAUCAGGGAGGGGCAAUCAGUCCAGGGCCCAUCCCCAGAGUGGGAUCUGGUGGCCUGGGACUCAGCCUCCUGGGGUCCUGGCACCACUGGGCUCUGAACUCAGGUCAUCCAACUGAGCUUUACUUCACAGAUGGUGAGACCGAGGCCCCAAGGGCUUGCCUGGGUCGGUAUGUAUAUGUGGCAGGGGAGUGCUAGGUAAUGGCUGAGGUGUCGCCUCAGAAUGUCCUGGAGAACUCAGGUAUCCGAACUCUGCCCCUCAAUGGCAGGUUCCAGGGUGGCAACAGGCAGAGCUGCAUGAACGUUUAUGUCCUCAGUGAACUUCUGGGAGGUGUGCUAUAGCUGCAGACUUCCUGUGGGAGUCUGGGCCGUGAGCCCAAGGAGCGGGGAUAACCAGGGGGACUGUCUGUUCUGUAGACUUCUGACUGUGUCAGUGUGAGAGCCAGUGUUCCUGGUGGUGGUCCCUGAGCCAUGGAGGCACCUCUGCAGACGGAGAUGGUGGAGUUGGUACCCAACGGCAAACACUUGGAGGGGCUACUCCCUGUCACCACCCCCACGGCUGGCAACCAGAGGGUCGAGGGCCCUGGACGGAGCUGUGUUGAAGGCGAAGGCUUCCUACCAAAAAGGCCCAGCAAGGAGCCACACUUCACCGAUUUCGAGGGGAAGACAUCGUUCGGGAUGUCAGUGUUCAACCUCAGUAACGCCAUCAUGGGCAGUGGCAUCCUGGGGCUCGCCUACGCCAUGGCCAAUACGGGCAUCAUCCUUUUCCUGUUCCUGUUGACGGCCGUCGCCUUGCUCUCCAGCUACUCCAUCCACCUGCUACUCAAGUCCUCAGGGAUCGUGGGCAUCCGUGCCUAUGAGCAGCUGGGCUACCGUGCCUUUGGGACCCCAGGAAAGCUGGCGGCAGCCCUGGCCAUUGCGCUGCAGAACAUCGGAGCCAUGUCCAGCUACCUGUACAUCAUCAAGUCCGAGCUGCCCCUUGUCAUACAGACCUUCCUGAACCUGGAGGAGCGGACCUCGGACUGGUACAUGAAUGGAAACUACCUGGUGGUCCUGGUUUCUGUCAUCGUCAUUCUGCCUCUGGCACUGAUGCGGCAGCUUGGCUACCUAGGCUACUCCAGUGGCUUCUCUCUCAGCUGCAUGGUGUUCUUCCUAAUUGCAGUCAUCUACAAAAAGUUCCACGUGCCCUGCCCGCUGUCCCCCAGUUUAGCCAACAUGACAGGCAACUUCAGCCUCGUGGAGGUCAUCAAGGAAGAGGCAAGGCUGCAGGUUGAGACGGAAGCCGCAGCCUUCUGCACCCCGAACUACUUCACCCUCAACACACAGGUUGCAACAGACCAGGGAGGGGGCAGUGGGCCUGGUGAGAGAGUCAGGGGCUGUUCUGACACAGAAUCCCUGUUUUGCCAGACGGCAUACACGAUCCCCAUCAUGGCUUUCGCCUUUGUCUGCCACCCUGAGGUGCUGCCCAUCUAUACAGAGCUCAAGGACCCCUCCAAGAGGAAGAUGCAGCACAUCUCCAACCUGUCCAUCGCCGUCAUGUAUGUCAUGUACUUCCUGGCCGCCCUCUUCGGCUACCUCACCUUCUACGACAGGGUGGAGUCGGAGCUGCUGCAUACCUACAACAAGGUGGACCCGUUUGAUGUGCUGAUCCUGUGUGUGCGCGUGGCCGUGCUGACAGCAGUCACGCUCACAGUGCCAAUUGUUCUGUUUCCGGUGCGCCGCGCCCUCCAGCAGAUGCUGUUUCAGGACCGUGAGUUCAGCUGGUUGCGGCAUGUGCUCAUUGCUGUUGGCCUGCUCACUUGUAUCAACCUGCUGGUCAUCUUUGCCCCCAACAUCCUGGGCAUCUUCGGGGUCAUCGGUGCCACAUCUGCCCCAUGCCUCAUCUUCAUCUUCCCUGCCAUCUUCUACUUUCGCAUCAUGCCCACAGAGAAGGAACCUGCAAGAUCUACCCCCAAAAUCCUGGCCCUUUGUUUUGCUGCACUUGGCCUCUUGCUGAUGACCAUGAGCUUGAGCUUCAUCAUUAUUGACUGGAUCUCGGGGACCAGUCGGCAUGGAGGAAGCCACUAGGAUGACCCCCAUCCUGUUCUGUCUACUCGUCCUCCUACCCCUGCCCAGACUUCAGCCCCUGCUCCCAUCCAGUGGCCAGUUGGAGGGGGAAGAGAAAGACGUGGUGAACACUAUGGCAUUUGGCCCUGCCCCAUGUCCUCUCUGUCGAAGUUUUUGUUAGCGCCAGGACCAAGGCCCUUGGGCCACUACCCUGCUGAGCUCCCGGCCUACAGGGGCUUCCUGAGCUGGGAGCAGGGUGGGGCUGUACCCCUGCUCCCUUCCUGCUGCCUCAGGUCCCACCCAAGCCCCUUAUUCUCUUUGCACAGGUGCAUAGACUGAGGCCCAGCAGCUGCCCCCUAAGGUCACACACAGCCUGUAGGGGCACAAAGAGCUGAAUUAGGCCUGCAGUCAUCCCCCCACCUUGCUCCUGGGGCCAUGGUCUGCACCCUGGGGCUUCAUCUCCCUCAGCCCGCUUGCCUCUCUUCCUUCUGUCACCUAGGCCCCUUUCGUGGGCUCAGGCCCUCGGAUAAUCUGGUCCUCUUUCCCAUCCCCUCCACCAGGAGCAGAACCCCCUCACCCUAUGCUUGAGGGUGAGGCUGGUGUGGACACCCCAAGGGACCACUUCCCUGGUCUUUCACCAGUCCUGGGGAGGCUGGGACUCCCCCCACCCCAAGCCCAGGCCAUAGCUCACAUUCCACUGCUGGGAGAAGAAAGAAGCUGGGGCCCAGAACGUGUCUGCCCCUGGGAGCCAGAGACCCCAGGGGCCAGUCUGGGGCAGGAGUGGAGAGGCUGGCAGCCUCCUUUUAUAAAUAUUAUACAUAAUACCA